AUUGUCGUGCCAAAACAACAAAUAUGGCCUCAAAAUCGAGGGUUAUAAUUUGUCUUCUACGAAACGACCUUCGCUACCACGACAACGAAGUUCUUUGUUGGGCUCACAAAAAUGCUGACCUAGUUUUGCCUCUGUACUGUUUUGACCCAAGACAUUUCAGAGGCACGUGGCAUUUUGGCUUCCCAAAGACUGGUCCUUUUAGGACUAAAUUUCUUCUCGAGAGCGUGAGGGACUUGCGUCAAAAGCUUCAAGACGUUGCCAGCAAUCUAGUGGUGCGAUGCGGAAAGCCAGAGGAAAUAAUUCCAAGUCUUAUAACAAGCAUUAAUAAUGAAUCUGUCAAAGUGGAAGGAAUUUCUCUCCAAAAGGAGCCAACAAAAGAAGAAAUAGAUGUUGAGAAUGCUAUAGAAGCAAGAAGCAGUGUGCCAGUUCAGAAGUUUUGGGGGUUAACUUUGUAUCAUCCAGAUGACUUACCAUUUAGUAUUAAAAAGGUGCCCAAUGUUUACACAGAAUUCAGGAAAAAUGUUGAACGUCACAGCGGAGUAAGAAGCACCAUCAAGAUGCCAGACAGGAUGAAACCUUUACCUGAUGGAAUUGAGCCAGGAAAUAUCCCUACCUUUGAUGAACUUGGAGUAAAAGAACCUUCUCAGGAUUCCAAGUCAGCUUUCCCAUUCCAAGGAGGGGAAACUUCUGGGCUUCAACGACUGCAAUAUUAUUUGUUUGAUACAGAUUAUGUUGCAAAGUAUAAAGAAACAAGGAAUGGUUUGAUUGGCCAGGAAUAUUCUACCAAGUUUUCAACAUGGCUUGCACAUGGCUGUUUAUCACCUCGAAAAAUUUAUGAAGAAAUCAAGAAAUAUGAACAUCAGAGAACAUCAAACCAAUCUACAUAUUGGGUUAUUUUCGAGCUACUUUGGAGAGAUUAUUUCAAGUUUGUUGCCAUCAAGUUUGGAGACCGACUGUUUUAUCUUAGUGGAUUGCUGGCAAAGAAAGUAGAAUGGCGGCAAGAUGAAAAUCUGUUCAGAGCUUGGAAGGAAGGGAAAACUGGUGUUCCUUUUGUGGAUGCCAACAUGAGAGAACUAGCAGCGACUGGUUUUAUGUCUAAUCGAGGUAGACAGAAUGUAGCAAGCUUUCUGACAAAGGACUUGAAAAUGGACUGGAGGUUGGGAGCUGAAUGGUUUGAAUAUUUAUUGAUUGAUCAUGACGUAUGCAGUAACUAUGGCAACUGGUUGUACUCCGCUGGGGUUGGCAAUGAUCCAAGACAGGACCGUAAGUUCAAUAUGGUAAAACAAGGCUUGGAUUACGACCCAAAGGGUGAUUACGUGCGUCAAUGGGUACCAGAACUGUCAGGCGUUCCUGGUGGUGACAUUCACACGCCUUGGAGACUGAGCCGAGCUUCUCUUGCGCAUGCGUCAGUGUCACUUGGAGAGACGUACCCAAUGCCGAUUGUUAUGGCUCCUGAAUGGGAUCGUCACAGCACUAAACCC